CACUCCACCUCAGCCAGUAAAAGGUAGAAGAAUCCCACUAAGAACAGCACUCUCUCUCCCCUCAUCGAUCUGAACGAAAGCACACGCACAACCAUCCAGAAGAGAGAGGUUAGUGACAUAGAGAUGGGGAGAGGUAGAUAGAGAGAAGAGAGAGAAAUGGGGUACUAAAAAAUUAACCUGAACUCGUAGCACUGGCAUAAACCAAUAGUAAAAGAGUAGUGGUAGCCAUGCUUUUGCUGUUAUAAGUUAUAACCCACCACUGUGUAUGUGUAAUAGUAGCAACUGUAGUACCAAAUGCCAGGCCACCAUCAAGGUAGCAACUACCCUUAUCUAGCUCAGUUGCAGUUGCACCCCACAGCAUAUGUUAAUUGGCUCCUGGAGCAGGUGGUUUAGGUUUAGAUUUAGAUGGAUACAUUGUUUAGGUUGGUUAGCCUCCACCAGCAUCACCAGCAACCACAAGCACACUCGACCUCGCCGGACCAGCACCACCAGCAACAGUCGCCCUACAGCUCCCACUCCUCGCGGAGCACCAACUCCACCGGCUCCCCCUCCUCCACCUCCCCACACCAGUACCACCACUAUUACUCCCACUCCCACUUCCACUCCCACAGCAGCAGCAGCAGCAGCAACAGCUACUACUACCCCGCCGGCAGCGGCAGCGGUGGACAAGGCGGGUAUUACUUCGAGCAGCAGCAGGCGCCGUACCAACAAGGAUGCGGCAACGACCACCGCUUUUACAUGGAUGAAGACUUCUCCUCCUCGUCCUCAUCCCGCCACAUUCAGUCGCGCGAGCCACCAGCGCCCACGCAGCCGCCCUCGUCGUCUCCGGCGCCCACGCCCACGCCGCCACCGUCGACGUCGUCCACCGUCGGGCAUGGGAUGUUUGAGGCGGCGAACUUCUCCUUCCCUUCGGUCGAUAUUCACCUCGACUUCAGCUCCCCUACAUCGUCCUCUGGCGUGGGCGGAGGGACAGCUUCGUCGUCGGGGGGCGGUGCUGGGAGGUGGGCAGCGCAGCUGCUGCUUGAGUGCGCGCGCGCGGUGGCUGUGCGCGACAGCCAGCGCGUGCAGCAGCUCAUGUGGAUGCUGAACGAGUUGGCGUCACCGUACGGAGACGUGGACCAGAAGCUGGCGUCCUACUUCCUCCAGGGUCUCUUCGCGCGCCUCACUACCUCCGGGCCGCGCACGCUGCGGACGCUCGCCGCGGCGUCCGAUCGGAACACGUCGUUUGAGUCCACGCGUCGCACGGCGCUCAAGUUCCAGGAGCUGAACCCGUGGACGUCGUUCGGACACGUUGCCGCGAACGGGGCCAUACUCGAGUCGUUCCUUGAGGCGGCGGGUGCAUCCUCUUCCUCGUCGUCGUUAUCUUCACAGCACCCGCGGCUGCACAUCCUGGACCUGAGCAACACGUUCUGCACGCAGUGGCCGACUAUGCUCGAAGCGCUGGCCACGCGGUCGUCGGACGACACGCCGCACCUGUCCAUCACCACCGUGGUGCCCACUGCCGCGCCGUCCGAGGCCGCGCAGCGCGUAAUGCGGGAGAUCACGCAGCGCCUCGAGAAGUUCGCGCGGCUGAUGGGCGUGCCUUUCAGCUUCCGCGCCGUGCACCACGCGGGGGACCUUUCCGAGCUCGACCUUGACGGUCUCAACCUCCACGAGGGCGGCGCCACCACCGCGCUCGCGGUCAACUGCAUCAACGCGCUGCGCGGGGUCGCACCCGGCGGCUCGCGCCGUCGUGACGCGUUCGUCGCGUCGCUCCGCCGGCUUGAUCCGCGCGUGGUCACCGUCGUAGAGGAGGAGGCUGACCUUGCGGCGUCCGAGUCGGGCGCGUCGGCCGAGGAAACUGGCAAUGAGGCGGCGUUCAUGAAGGUGUUCGGCGAAGGCCUUCGGUUCUUCUCGGCGUACAUGGACUCGCUCGACGAGAGCUUCCCGAAGACAAGCAAUGAGAGGCUUGCUCUGGAGAGGACAGCCGGGCAUGCCAUUAUAGACCUCGUGUCCUGCCCAGCGUCAGAAUCCGCUGAGAGGCGAGAGACGGGGGCGUCCUGGGCGCGACGCAUGCGGUCAGGCGGCUUCUCUCCGGUGACGUUCAGCGACGACGUCGCCGAUGACAUGCGGUCGUUGCUGCGCCGGUAUCGGGAGGGAUGGUCCUUGCGAGAGCCAGACACGGACGACGGUGUGGCGGCGGGGGUUUUCCUUGCAUGGAAGGGGCAGCCCGUCGUCUGGACAAGCGCGUGGAGGCCAUGAGAUCGAGUGCAGCAAAACUGGAUGUGUGCAUGCAUGCAUUGCUUCUCUCGUGCGAAUGGGAAGCAAGUAGCGUGCGUUUUGUUUCUUUCACUUGGUUCUUCGCACGUGUUUACCAGUUUACUUAGGUUUUUCAAGAAGCAGCGUAAGUAUGUAGGGAGAAGCUAAGUUUCUAGAAAUUUGGGCGGGAUUGACAUUGUUGCGGUGCAUGCAUAUCUGACUGAGAGAUGAUUGUUGGAUGUGUAGACUCUUCUAAUACUCCAUAGAUUUUUGCGGCCAUCAGCAAGGUGUUGGUAUCACGACUUACUUGAUCUGUUACUUCGAUUAUUUUUUUCUCCAUUGAUUUGUAUCUUUU